ACAAUUAAUAAUAUCCUGUUUGUACUCCUACAAUUGUUUCCCAUAUGAGUAAAGGCUGUGUGUCUACUGUAGGAAGUGUACACAUUUAUCUUGCUGUUCCAUAUUGUGUUUAAAUGCUCCUUAGCUAUCCAUAGAUUAAAAUAAGGGCACAGUGUUGUUGCCAAGGUCUGCAUCGUAGCUAUUCUUUUGUGUGCAUUAUAACUGAUCUGGGUUCAGCUCCCGACUCUAGGAAGUCAGCUUCACUGCUUCCUGAGUUGUGUAAAGCACCUGCCUCUGUCACGGGGGACACAGGCCGGGACCACCUGAGACAGGCAGCAUGUGCGUCAGCCACAUGCAUGAUGUACACCGCACAUUAAAGUCCUCCUCUUGUCUUCCUCCACUAUAGGAAGUGGCCGUGUUUAAGUAUCUUAGGUUGCGCACUCGUGUUAAUUGUGCUUGCAAAGGCAACCUGGGCCUUUUUCCCUGAUUGUCUUGAUCUUAUUAAACAGCUCAGGGUGUUAAAUAAAGCAAAACACGCAGAUUAUAGGUGUCAUGUGCACCCAAACCCAGAGGUUGCUUACAGUGCACAGCAAUGGAUUUUCAAAGGGGGGCAUGUUGGGAUCAUGGAACAAUGCAGGCAGGUGGUCCACGCUUAAAUCCUUUUAAACCUCGACCUCCUCUUAAAGUCUUAAGGUGUCAACCAACCACAGCAAUGUUGACAGAGAAAUUAAAAACAAGGUUUGAGUGCAUCUUUAACAUGUUUUCUUUGUCAAAUGACAAUAAUCCUCCAACAUGAAUCACUUUUUGUCCAAUCACCUAAAUCUGACUUUCCGAUUGGUUGCAAACCCGACUUUAAAAAAAAAAAAAAAAAAAAAAAAGAUGGAAAGAGAGAGUUUUUAUCCCACUCAAAUUACGUACAGUGAUGCUCCCCUUUUCUCAUUUGCUGCUGUCCCUCAGAUUAUUGCUCUUCUAAGACCCCUCCUCUUUCUCUGUGUGGUUAAAUAGCCUAGUGUUCUGCUUCUCAGGGUCAGACAGCCCACUUUGCGUAGAGGCGGUUGCCUAAAAGAUAAUCCACCGGCAAUAUUAACCAGGUAUAUACUGUAGGCUUUAGGCUGCACUUUAAAAUGUACUCCAACAGGAUCGAUGGACCUCGAAGGGGAAGAUCUUUUGACUCUAUCAACAUUGGCUUUGAAGACAAACUACUUAACAACGAGAUAAACAAAUCAACCUUCACCAAAAUCGAAGAAAACACAGAGAAGAAUUCAACAGAGAAAGGCAGAGCAACAAUUAUCUUUUCCCUCAAGAAUGAAGUGGGAGGACUCGUAAAGGCGCUUAAACUCUUCCAAGAAAACCAUGUCAACCUGGUGCAUAUUGAGUCCAGGAAAUCAAAAAGGCGCAACUCCGAGUUUGAAAUCUUUGUGGACUGCGACAGCAACCACGAACAACUCAAUGAAAUCAUCCAGCUGCUGCGAAAGCACGUGAACGUGGUGGACAUGGAGCCUCCAGAUAACUCCUGUUUGCAGGAGGAAGAUAUGCAUAAUGUACUGUGGUUCCCAAAGAAAAUUUCCGACUUGGACAAGUGUGCUAAUCGUGUCCUGAUGUAUGGUUUGGAGUUGGAUGCUGAUCAUCCGGGCUUUAAGGACAAUGUCUACCGCAAAAGAAGAAAGUACUUUGCAGAUCUUGCUAUGUCCUACAAACAUGGCGAGCCAAUUCCUCGCAUAGAGUUCACUGAGGAGGAAGUGAAGACAUGGGGCGUUGUGUACAGGGAGCUCAACAAGUUGUACCCCAGCCACGCCUGCAGGGAAUACCUAAAGAACCUGCCUCUGCUGUCUAAAUACUGUGAAUGUCGAGAAGACAACAUCCCUCAACUGGAAGAUGUCUCUCGCUUCCUCAGGGAACGCACCGGGUUUACCAUCAGGCCUGUAGCUGGUUACCUGUCUCCUCGUGACUUCCUGGCCGGUUUGGCCUUUCGUGUUUUCCACUGCACUCAGUAUGUGCGACACAGCUCAGACCCCUUGUACACCCCUGAGCCGGACACAUGCCAUGAGCUGCUUGGUCACGUCCCCCUGCUGGCAGAACCCAGCUUUGCACAGUUUUCUCAGGAGAUCGGUCUGGCUUCACUCGGUGCUUCGGACGACUCUAUUCAAAAACUGGCCACAUGCUACUUCUUCACUGUGGAGUUUGGCCUAUGCAAACAGGAAGGAAAACUACGAGCAUAUGGGGCGGGACUGCUGUCAUCCAUCAGUGAGCUUAAGCAUGCGCUCUCUGGUAAAGCAAGGAUAAUGCCCUUUGACCCGAAAGUAACAUCCAAACAAGAAUGCAUCAUUACAACCUUUCAGGAUGUUUACUUUGUGUCAGAUAGCUUUGAGGAGGCCAAAGUCAAAAUGAGGGAGUUUGCCAAGACCAUCAAGCGUCCCUUCACAGUGCGAUACAAUCCCUACACGCAGAGUGUGGACGUGCUUAAAGACACUCCGAGCAUCAACAGCGUGGUAGAGGAGCUCCGACAUGAGCUCGACAUUGUAGGCGAUGCUCUGAGCCGCCUCAACAAGCAGCUGGGUGUCUGAGCGUCCAAAGUCCACUUGCAGUCAGUCUGUGUGUCCUCCUCAAACUGCUGUAUAGAUGCUGCUUGUGUAUCACCCCUUUGUCAUUUCAAUAAUUGUGCACUGGCAAAAAGAAAAACCUGGUGUUUACCCCCUUUGCAUGGCACAUGGCUAAUACAGAUUGCUAUGAUAUUAGUGAACUGCACAAACCCAAAGAGCAUACUGUUUUCACUUAAUUGGCUUAUAUCCUGCAAACUGCCUGUGUGCUUUUGUACCAAAAAAAAUCCCUUUUGCUGCUGUUGUAUAUGAUGACCUUACUUUUUUGUAUUUUUUUGUUUUAAUAUCCAAUUUAAACUUCCAAAUUUCAGUGAUUUACCGUUGUAUUGUUUGUGUGAAUGUAACUUGCUCUUUUCUGUGUGUUGUUCAAAGAGACUAUUCUAGUGAAUUUAUAAAAGUAUUCUGGUGGUUAAUGGUUUAUGAUGACCGAUCAGGGCACGCCUGCCUACUUUGUUUCACAGUAAUAAUUUUGUAUAUCUCCACUUAAAUAUAAAUGUAGUGACCCCCCGCGACCCCGAAAGGGACAAGCGGUAAAAAAUGGAUGGAUGAUUGUAGUAGCCUUCUCCUUGAAUCAAAUAUUAUUUUUCUACCAACCAAAUAUAUCAUAUUGAGUAUAGGCAAUGUACGUGUGUGUGUAUAUAUCCAUCCA